AUGGCGGAUCAAGUCACCCACGAUCCCAAGCAGUCAAGCGACUACAUUCCCUUCCCUUGCCUUCCUCCCGGCGGAGCUCUCAACCGUUGGUCCACAAAGAUCACCCGCGAGCAUGACUAUCCCGGAGCUCAGGCCAUGCUCUACGGAGCUGGUGUCAAGGACCAGCACACAAUGAAGAACGCGCCCCAGGUCGGUGUUGCUACCGUCUGGUGGCAAGGAAACCCUUGCAAUACCCAUCUCCUCGAUCUUGGUCAGAUCGUCAAGAACUCCAUCGAGAAGGAGGGCAUGAUCGGCUGGCAAUUCAACACCGUUGGUGUAUCCGACGCCAUCACCAUGGGCGGCGAGGGCAUGCGCUUCUCUCUUCAAACUCGAGAAAUCAUUGCUGAUUCUAUCGAGUCCGUCACCUGUGCCCAGCACCAUGACGCCAACAUCUCCAUUCCCGGCUGUGACAAGAACAUGCCCGGUACAGUCAUGGCCGCCGCUCGUCACAACCGCCCCUUCAUCAUGAUCUACGGCGGCACCAUCCGCAAGGGUCACUCUAACCUCCUCGAGAAGCCCAUCAACAUCAGCACCUGCUACGAGGCCUCAGGCGCGUUCAACUACGGCCGUCUCCACGCCAAGACGAACCCUGGUGAACCUGGUCGCGAGAGCUCCGAUGUCAUGGACGAUAUCGAGAAGCACGCUUGUCCCGGCGCCGGAGCUUGUGGUGGUAUGUACACAGCCAACACCAUGGCUACCGCUAUCGAGGCCAUGGGUCUUACUCUGCCUGGUUCAUCAUCGUACCCUGCCGAGUCUCCCGAGAAGCGUCGUGAGUGUGAGCGUGCUGCCCAGGUCAUCCGAACUACCAUGGAGAAGGACCUUCGUCCUCGUGAUAUCAUGACCCGUGCUUCUUUCGAGAACGCUCUCGUCCUGACCAUGAUUCUCGGUGGUUCAACAAACGGUGUUCUUCACUUCCUCGCCAUGGCCAACACCGCCGAUGUUCCCCUGACCAUUGACGACAUCCAGCGCGCCAGUGACCGCACCCCUUUCCUCGCUGAUCUCGCCCCCAGUGGAAAGUACUACAUGGAGGAUCUCUACAAGGUCGGCGGUACACCCUCCGUCAUCAAGAUGCUCGUCGCCCGCGGUCUUCUCGACGGUAGCAUCAUGACCAUUACUGGCAAGACCCUUGCCGAGAACGUCGCGGACUGGCCCAGUCUGGACCCCGGUCAGGACAUCAUCCGUCCUCUCGAGAACCCCAUCAAGGACUCUGGCCACAUCCGCAUCCUAAAGGGUAACUUUGCCCCCGGCGGUGCCGUCGCCAAGAUCACUGGAAAGGAGGGUCUGUCAUUCACCGGCAAGGCUCGCGUCUUCAACACCGAGAAGGAGCUCAACAGUGCCCUGAACCGAAGCGAGAUCAAGCAGUCCGACGGCAACCUCGUCGUCAUCGUCCGAUAUGAGGGUCCCAAGGGUGGACCUGGUAUGCCCGAGCAGCUCAAGGCCUCUGCAGCCAUCAUGGGUGCUGGUCUUUCCAACCUGGCGCUUGUCACCGACGGACGAUACAGUGGUGCUUCUCACGGUUUCAUCGUGGGCCACGUUGUGCCUGAGGCUAUGGUCGGAGGUCCCAUUGCUUUGGUCAAAGAUGGAGACGAGAUCACAAUCGAUGCGAUCAACAACCGAAUCGAUGUCGAUAUCACUGACGAGGAGAUGGAGAAGCGAAGGAGUGAGUGGAAGCCUCCUGCGCCUCGUGUCACGAGGGGUGUGUUGGCCAAGUAUGCCCGCUUGGUCGGUGAUGCUUCCCACGGUGCUGUAACAGAUCAGUGGUAG